AUGGCGGGCAUGGGCGAUGGAUACGUGGGCACGGCGGCGGACGCGGUGCGGAUUCGGCGGCUGGAGAAGCAGCGGGAGGAGGAGCAGGCGAAGAUGGAGGAGCUGCGCAAGAAGUCGUCGCAGGGCCUGCAGGGGCUGCUGCAGUUCGGCACCGCCACCUCCGAGACGCUAGAGACGGCGUUCAAGAAGCAGACGGUGGGGCUCGUCACGCGCGAGCAGUUCGUUGAGAAGAGGGCGACGCUGCGCAGCAAGAUGGAGGAGGAGGAGCGAGAGGCCAAGCAGCGACAGGCAGACGACGAGGAGGAGAAGCAGAUGGAGAAGCGGCGGAGGCGGCGAGCAGCAGCGCCCACGGCCAAGCUCUCGUUCCUGGACGACCUGCAAGACGAGGAGGAGGAGGACGAGGGCGAGGAUGGGGAGAAGGAGAACGGGGGGGAGCAAGAGGCAAGAGCAGGGAACGGGGCGAGCAGGGGUGGCGGGGGGUCAGCAGCGGGGGAGGUGCGGAAGAAGGCGAGGAUGAGCAAGUUCGGCAAGAACCCUUUCGUGGAGACCAGCUUUUUGCCCGACAGGUGCGGUGCGCGCAGAGGGGAAGGCGGAGGGGAGGGCAGUGAGGGGGGCGCGGUUGCGGAGCAGGAGGGUGGUUGCGGAGCAGGAGGGUGGUUGCGGAGCAGGAGGGUGGUUGCGGAGCAGGAGGGUGGUUGCGGAGCAGGAGGGUGGUUGCGGAGCAGGAGGGUGGUUGCCUAA